GCCAUCAAUGUGCACAUGCCAAGGCUGGUGCCUGACAGGGGCUGGCCAAGGCCGCUGCUGUAUGCAGUAGCACUACUGUGGACGCUGUCAGUGCCCCAACCCCCCUCAUCUGAUCGUCUCUCACACGGCCGCCGCUCCCCUCCUUCAAUGCGCAUCUCGCCGCCCCGCCGACCCGUCGCUCUCCUCCGCGCGCACAGUGCCGAGCCGAUCGACCAUCUCGUCCCGUCCCUCCCCUACUUAAUGGCGACCCCGGGUAGCCCACAUGGUACCAUACCAUACCAUCGACGCGGCAAGUCGGCCGGCAGCACCCCAUCAAAAGCACACAACCUCGAGCCGGAACACGAGCCCACGAUGGCCGGCGUUCGCCGCGCCGCCGCGCUCCUCCUGCUGCUCGGCCUCGCGUGCACCCCCGCCCUGGCCGCGCGUGACGCCGCCCAGGCGAAGCCCAAGCACCCCUCGGGCCCGGCGGCCGGCAAGAAGCCGGCCAAGCCGUACGUGCCGCCGGCCACCAAGCCCCCGGGGUCGGGCGGCGUCGGCGGCGGAGGCGGGAUGCCGAACAUCCCGGGAAUCGGCACCAUCCCGGGGUUCACCGUGCCCGGGAUGGGGGGCGGGUGGGGCGGGGGCUACGGCGGGCCCGACGGCGGGUACUCGCGCGGCGGCGUGGCGGCCUCCACCACCGUCUGCUCCGAGAAGGGCCCCUGCUACAAGAAGAAGCUGACGUGCCCCAAGAAGUGCUUCUCCUCAUACAGCGGCUCCGGCAAGGGGUACGGCGGUGGCGGCGGCGGGGGCGGCUGCACCGUCGACUGCAAGACCAAGUGCGUCGCCUACUGCUGAAUGCCGAUCGAUCGUACGUACGUACGGGGAGCUCGGCGGCUCCUUGGCUUCCAUGGUCAUCGAUGGCGCCGGUGAGCACCGCAUUAUACAUAGCUAGCAUGCGUGAUGUGCAGAGGAAGCGUGCAUACGACUAUGUGAACGUAUGUUUCUUCCCCGAUGAUUUUAUCAGCUGUAAUAUCGUCGCCUCCUGGGUGUCAGAAUCGCUAUGAACUAUGAACAAAUAAGCAGAGAGAUAUGCAUGACAUGGUA